AUGGAUGUGCUUUAUACGGAUAGGGGACAGAAUUUUAUUUCUGAAGCAAUGCUAGAAGUGUGUAAAGUGUUGGGAAUUCAAAAGAGACAGACUGUUAGUUACAACCUGCAGGGAAAUGGGGUGGUUGAAAAGCUAAAUGCAACGUUAAUUAAUAACCUUUCUCAUUUAGUGGAGAAAAAUCAGGCGGACUGGUGUCAGCGUCUUCCACUUGCACUUUUUUCUCACAGAACAAGUAGACACAGUGCACUUUCAGAUAGUCUGGCAUUUGUAACCUAUGGUCGGGAUCUGAGAACUCCAUCGGAUCUGUUGUUAAAUUCACCGAUUAGGUCUUAUUCUGAUGUUCAGACGUACUCGCAGGUUCUAAGUAAUAGAUUGUAUUCUGUGUAUGGUAAUAUUAAAGAAAAUUUGGAAAAUGCUGCUAAAAGGCAGGAGGAGAUAUCAAAUGCAAAGCGGUCCUUUAAGAAUAUAGCAUUAGGCAAUUUAGUGUAUCUUCACUCUGAGGUAAUUCCGGUGGGUCUUUUGAAAAAAUUGGUAAAACAAAAUGUAGGUCCUUAUCGGGUAAUUUCUCAAAAGUCUCCCGUUUUAUUUGAAAUUGCCCCUACUUGA